AUGGUGAACCAGCAUGCAAGCUUGUUUAGCCAUUCUGUUGAACGAUAUGAGGAUAAGGCCCUCUGGUCUCAAAAGGGGAAAAAAAAUGAAGUUCAGAACAAGGCAAUAAAGGAGCUUGCUAAACUCCAUAGCAAAGUGACUUCAGGAGAGGGACACCCAGAUGACUCUCUAGAAGGAAGAACUGGAGCGUGGGGAGGAGUCGGGGCCACUCCCGCCCCCAGCCCACGUCGGUGCCACCAGCAGAGAAGAAAUGUGAGGCCGGGUGGCCCAGGACUCAGGAGUGGCCGCCUUGCCCGGCACCGCCAAGCGCCACCAAGAGAGACAAAAGAGACUUCGGCCCGAGCGUGGCCGGCACCAGGCCGCCCGGGGUCCCCUCGCAGGCUCCCGGGGCAAUGGCCGGGUCUCCGCGCGACUCCCCUCUUGGGAGCGCUGCUCUCGCCAUCUGACCGCCCUCCAUCCCCUGCAUUCCCUCCCUUUCCGGACUCUCCUUUCGCUCCCAGUCCUCACUCUAGUCUGACUGUCCGUCCGUCUGUCGUGGCGCCCAACCUCCGGCCACCGGCUUGGAUGGACGCGCGGAGGCUGCGCGUGUGUCCAGGGGUCUUGCUUCCGAAAUUGGUCCUGCUCUUUGUCUACGCAGACGAUUGCCUUGCUCAGUGUGACAAAGACUGCAGGUCUUACUGCUGUGAUGGGACCACACCUUACUGUUGCUCCUACUACGCCUAUAUUGGGAACAUCCUCUCGGGCACGGCAAUUGCUGGCAUCGUGUUUGGAAUCGUAUUUAUCAUGGGGGUCAUAGCUGGAAUUGCCAUAUGUGUCUGCAUGUGCAUGAAAAACAACCGUGGGACCCGGGUGGGAGUCAUCAGGACCUCCCGCAUCAACGCCAUCUCCUCCUAUCCUGUGGCACCACCCCCUUAUGGCUACGACCACGAGAUGCAACACUGUGCAGAAUUGCCUCCUCCCUACUCUCCAACUCCACAGGCUUCAGCACAGCGUUCUCCACCUCCUCCUUAUCCUGGAAAUUCAAGGAAACAAUCCUUCUCCCAGAACAGACUAUGUGCCAAUCUAAGGUCUUGCCCGGAAUAA